UCUUAUUUGCAUACACGAUUGGGAUUGGCUAGACUCUAGUGUCUAUGGUCCGGAAUUCCUAAAUACGGUGACCUUCUACUGCCAUGGCUGGAUUGGGUGCAGCUUUCCGUCGUUUAGGCGCUGUGUCCGGAGCCAGUGCCCUGGGGUUGGCCACCUACGGGGCGCAUGGUCAGGGGGCCAAGGCGGGGCUUAAAUUAUGGGUUCUGAGCUGGAGGGGAGAGGGUUGGAAGCAGAGAACUGGAAGCAGAGAACUGGAAAUGGGUACUUCUAAAGGUGCAAACAUCCAGGACCCGUAUCGUAAGGAGCUUUUUGAGAAAACCAACAAACACCACUUCAUCCACAGCUUGGCUCUGCUCUGCGUCCCCCUCUGCAGCAAACCGGUCUGGGCAGGGACUCUGCUUACCUCCGGGAUCUCCCUCUUCUGUGGCAGCUUUUACUACCAUGCCCUGACUGAAGACACCUCGGCAAUACCAGUUGCCCCUGUUGGGGGCUCCCUGCUCAUUCUUGGCUGGCUCACCCUAGCUCUUUGAGCUGCUUCCCCUGUAUUGUCCCACCCUAUCAGUUUUCAGACUAACUUCUUUAGUCAUGAAGCAGCAAGCCUAUUUUUGUUCAAGGACUACAGUUGUACCUGGGAGAAACAAUCAACAUUCAGUGGGAUACUGGGGAACUUGAUUUCUCAGUCUUUGCUGGCAUUUUGUUUGGAGGUUGGGAGUAAGAAGACUAUUAAAAAUGAAAUACAGAGAA